AUGUCCUGCAACCAGGCAGAUGGGCUAGACAGUCGGAGACAAAUAAAUGGCGGCCGAACUGGAUGGCUCCGUUUGCUCAGAGCCUCGUCAUGCGUCAAUCGGCCGAUCGAGGCCCAGCUCUUCUGCCUUUCUUAUGCGAGUGUCCGGCUUUCCCUGCCCGUUUUUCCCGGAUCCUGGGGCCUGUCUAGUCUGGAACUUGUCUCGUCGGGCCGGACCAGUCCGACCGGUUUUGGGUCGACAAGCCGAGGCCUUGGUCUCGACUCUCGUUCUCGGGCUCAUUUAGCAAAACGAGUUGACAACCAGAGACCCCGCGACCUCGUGAAGCAGGCAAGCGAAUGUGAAAUAUUUUAUGUCUGUGUGUCCGCUGGAGCUGCAACCUACCUACCGGCGUGGUGGACAACUUGUCUUAUAUAUUCGUCUGCCCGCAUGGUUAUGCAAAUGUACUGCUUUACGGAGGCUUUCUUUGCUUUUGUCGUUGAGGCGUUGCGGGAACUCGAUUGCACGAUGCUCUGCAAUGGAAAUUUGGUCAUAUUUUAG